CGCAACUCUCAUAACUCGGCCACAAUGGCCCCGACCACAGCGCCCGAGCGGCGUGAGUUCGUCCACCCGGACGCGAGCCACGCCAAGAAGAAAGUCCCCAGCGCCUAUGGAAUCCCGCCCAUUUCCGCCUUCUACUGGUUCCUCGCCGCCGGCCUCGUUUCUGCCUGGUUCGCCCCGAUUCAAGACUGCGACGAGACAUUCAACUACUGGGAGCCGACGCACUACCUCUCCCAUGGCUACGGGCUCCAGACGUGGGAAUAUUCUCCCGACUUUGCCAUCCGGAGCUGGCUCUACAUCGGGCUGCAUGCGAUUGUUGGGAAUGUGCGGAGACUGCUCCCCCAGUCGACAAAGGUUGGCGAAUUCUACUUCAUCCGCUUUGGAUUGGCCCUCGGCUGCGCUCUGUGCCAGACCAUCUUGUUCAUGGUCACCAGCACGACCCUCAACAGUCGCAUCGGCAUCUUCUUCCUCGUCGCCACCGUUUUGAGCCCCGGCAACUUCCAUGCAAGCACGGCGUUCCUCCCGUCUAGCUUUGCCAUGUACAUGGUCACCUUGGGCGCUGCUGCGUUUAUGAACUGGCGGGGCGGGCUGAGGACUUCGAUGGGAAUGUUCUGGUUCGCCGUGGCGGGCAUUUUUGGGUGGCCGUUUGCUGCUGCGCUUUGCGCACCGUACCUUUUCGAGGAGGGCAUUCUUGUCCUCUUUGGUGACAAGGCUGCUUUGUUUGCAGCCUUCAUUCGGGCCGGUCGCGGUGUUGCGUCGGCUCUUGUGUUGUUGUUCGCCGACUUCAGUAUCAACCUUUUCUUCUACAAGAAAGCUGAGAUUGUGACAUGGAACAUCGUCAAGUACAACAUUUUCUCAUCGACCGGCGGCCCUGAGUUGUACGGCACCGAACCGUGGACCUUUUACUUCAAGAACCUGGCCUUGAACUUCAACAUCUGGUUUGCCCUGGGUCUUCUUGCUUUGCCGCUCUUUGUUCUCCAAAAGAUCGUCUCCCCUUCGGCCCAAGGCGCCAAGUCUGGCUUGAGGACGGUCAUCUUCAUCGCUCCAUUCUACAUGUGGCUCGCCAUCUUUACGGCGCAACCUCACAAGGAGGAGAGAUUCAUGUACCCGGCGUAUCCCUUCCUCGCCUUGAACGCCUCCAUCUCACUCCACAUCAUCUUGACUGCAUUGGGAAAUUCCGACCCUAAGACCUUGGUUGGAAAAAUACCAGCUAAGCUGAAGUUGGGAGUGGUCACUCUUGUCAUGUUAUUGUCCCUGGAUCUCGCGGUCGCCCGAGUCUACGGGGUUUACUCCGCAUACUCCGCCCCCAUGAAGAUCUACUCUCCGCUUUGGAACAGCGCUGAAGGGCAAGAGGUUGUUGGCCGUCCUGAGGAUCCUGUCUGCUUUGCGAAAGAGUGGUAUCGCUUUCCCUCAUCCUACUUCCUUCCCAGAGAUAUGCAUGCCAAGUUCGUUCGCUCCGAGUUUCGUGGCUUGUUGCCUGGCGAGUUCUCAGAGGCCGAGACUGGGUUCGGCUUCUGGAGCGGGACAUGGAUGCCCACCAACGGCAUGAAUGGCCACAACGAGGAGGACCUGGGCAAGUACACCGAUCUGCGCCUUUGCCCAUUCCUAGUGGACACCCAAUAUCCUGAGCGAACUGAUCCCCUGCCCCCGAACGAGCCUGACUACAUUUCCGACAAUGUCAACUGGGAUAUCGUGCGGUGCGAGCCAUUCCUCGACGCUGCCAGCACCCACCUUCUGGCAAGAGUGUUGUGGAUUCCCGAUCUGAGCGUCAUUCCCGACCAGUAUAAAAGAAAAUGGGGUCGCCAUUGUCUGCUGCAGCGGAAAAAGCAGGAGAUUCCGGCUCAAGAGUAAAUAAUUCACAGCACGUUAGAUGGUACCUUUCAUUAGGACAAUGUAUUUUACGGUCUCUGAUAGAAAAUGACGAAAUGUGUUAAGAUUAGAAUACCUAAGCUGCAAUAUAGUGUCCUGUUCCAAUUUUA